ACUUUUGCCUUUCGGCUCUGUUAUUAUUUCUGCUGUAGUUCUAUAAUACAAUAAUAAAAUGGGUAAUAUGCUGCAACAGCUUACUUAUCCUGGUCCAUUUCCAGAUGUUGAUGGAGUACCGAAAUUUGAUUCUCACUUUGGAUUUUCCGGUGAACGUGAAAAAAGGACUCUUCCUGUGUCUGAAGAAGUAUUGAUAGCUGCAAAAAUUCCAAAAAACAAGAGAGAUUAUUGUGCUCAUUUGUUAAUAGAUCUUUUUGCUUGUCAGAGAAAAGAAUGGCCUGUUCCACAGCGAUGUACAAAAGAAUUACACAAUUAUGACAAGUGUCAAUACGACGACCUUACUUUAAGAAUGAAAGAAUACGAAAGAGAACGUAGACUUCUUAACAGAGAACUCAGGAAACAGAAGGCUGCACAAGCAGCAGCUUAGGUUCCAUAACUGCUGAAAGUUGUACAC